GAGGGAAUUGGAAGAAUGAGGAGCAGGAAUGGAGCACGAGCCUGGGCCAGCCUCUUUAACUGUACACUUCGGCAGCAAACCCUAGUUCUGUUUCCACACCUCGCUCUGCCUCUCAUUCUUUUUGUCUCGCUCUCUGUGUUGCCGUUCCCCAGCUCCGCAUUGCUCCACCGUCCUCGUCGCCACCUACCAGGCGCAACCAACAUGGCAUCAGCAUUACGGAACCUUGCAAGCCUGAAAGUGAAGGAUGUUCCGACGUUUGUGAAGUCAUCACUUAGCAAGGAGAAGGUCAUGCAGGAUACUUGGUCAUGGUUGUACAAGUACAACGAGAAGUAUGUUCAGACUGGCAGCAUCAGGCCUUUGACUGAUGUGAUGCUGUCUGUUGGUUUCCUCUCUUACGCUAUUGCUUGGCCUACCGAGAUCCGGCAUUUGCGUCAUGCUGAGGAAGCUGCCAAGCAUGGCAACAAUCAUCAUUGAUUGGACUUCCAUAUAGUUUCCUACAACUGGUUAGAUCUCAUUUUCUUCUCCCUCUUGGAAAGAAUCGUAAUAAUUUUGUUCGUGUAAGGGUUGUGGACAUCAUUCUUGUGGACAUCUUUCCCAUACCCCACAGUACGUGGUUUUACAUAAAGAUGACUACUUCAUGUGUUCGAAUGGAAUGGAAGACCUACGGAAUUGGAAUAGCAGAGGAGCAGCAGUUCAAUGUAGUUAUGCGGAGAUCUGGCUUUGUGCGUUGCAUAGAGCAAGAGCAGCUACUGUAUUCACUCAAACUUGAUUUUUGUAGACAGCUGUGAGUGGCACGUUCAAUGAGCAAGCCAUUGGUUGUGUUUGAUCGCUCAACAUUCAACAUGAUUUUUUAAGACA